CUUAUAGCAGUAUGGCAUACACACAAACACUUUAUCGAAUACAAAGUCCGUAAAUACUACUCUACAAGCGGAACGGACUAAUUCUGGUAGCAUUUUCUGGUCAGUCACGUUACAUCGGCGCACUGCAUUUUUUUCUUUCACAUAGUAGUUUUAUGGUAUAUAUUAAAUGUAACUACUUAAGUUAGAGUAGAAACGUUUUUAAUACAUUAGAUUAGGAAACUUCAGUGAAGAGAUGAUCCAGGGAGCAAAGCAUGUGGUUUGUGCUAUGUCCGGCGGAGUGGACAGCUCGGUCUCGGCUUUGCUUCUUAAACGGAGAGGUUUUCAAGUGACCGGAGUGUACAUGAAGAACUGGGACUUUCUUGACGAACGUGGACAUUGUUCUUCUGAAAGGGACGCUGAAGAUGCGUACAAGGUGUGCAGGAUGCUGGAUAUCCCAUUCCACCAAGUAUCAUACGUGAAAGAGUACUGGCAUGACGUUUUCAGCAAUUUAUUGAAGGAAUAUGAAAAGGGGAGGACUCCGAAUCCUGAUAUACUAUGUAACAAGCACAUUAAAUUCAAUCAUUUUUUCCAGUAUGCUAUCAGAACCUUAGGAGCAGAUGCCAUAGCUACCGGCCACUAUGCAAGAACCUCACAAGAUGAUGAAGAAGUUUUCAGACAGCCUCGUAUGUCAAAAUCCCAGAGUCUUUUCAGAAAUAGAUUUGAAGUUAGAAAUUCAGUAAGACUUCUUCAAGGAGCUGACCACAUUAAAGAUCAGACAUUCUUCCUAAGCCAGAUCUCUCAAGAAUCCCUAAAAAGGACUCUCUUCCCACUCGGAGAGCUUACUAAAGAGUAUGUGAAAAAGAUGGCUGCAGAGGCUGGUUUUAAACAUGUGCUUCAGAAAAAGGAGAGCAUGGGAAUCUGUUUCAUUGGAGAAAGAUGUUUUCAGAAAUUUAUUCUUGAGUAUUUAGAACCACAGCCUGGAAACUUUGUUUCUAUAGAGGAUGGAAAGAUAAUGGGAACUCACAAAGGUUGGUUCACGUUUACUCUGGGACAAAGAGCCAGAAUAGGUGGGCAGAAAGAUGCCUGGUUUGUUGUGGAUAAGGAUGUAAUGAGUGGAGAUGUGUUUGUGGCACCAACAACAAAUCAUCCAGCUUUGUACAGGGAAAUAAUGCGCACAGAUAGAUUUCACUGGAUUGCUGAUGAGCCACCAGCAGAGCUAAUUCAUAAUAAAAUGAUGGAAUGCAACUUCAGAUUUUUACAUCAGAUGCCAUUUGUACCAUGCAAUGUUACUCUUAACCAAGAUGGUUCUGUCUGGGUAACCCUCACUAAGCCAGUUAGAGCUCUGACACCAGGACAGUUUGCUGUUUUAUACAAAGGUGAUGAAUGUCUUGGAAGUGGAAAAAUUGUACGCAUGGGUCCAUCAAUGUACACCUUGCAACAUGGACUGGAAAAACGUAAAGUGCCUAUCAAGCCAUUUGCACAAGAAGGUCAAAGCGCAGAACCAGCUGGAUAAUCUUAGUUUUAAAUGCCGUUUAAAAAUAUAAUUUUUAAAAAGAUGGUAACAUUAAUGGUAACCUUCCAAAUGAUUUUUAAUGUAGAUAUUUGAAAAAUAUGAUGCAUAUGUAAGAAGACUAUUUAUUGUUUUAUCAUCAUCAUGUACAUUUUUUUAAAACUGCUAUAAACAGUAGCAGUUAUAUGUUAUAAGUAAUGUAAAUAAAUUUAGAUUUUUGCAUAUU